UUCUCGGGAUCUAACUUCUCUCCUUCCUUCCUAGUCCGAGUCUGCUAAUCAAUUUGGACAUCUAUAUAUACUGAUACCAGACACAAUUCCUGAUCAGAGCAGAUUGAUUAAAACAGUUUGGUCUAGUUUAAUUGAAUUGGAUCGAUGAAGUUGUAAAGGUCAUCCAUGGAGGCAGCUUUAAAAUCUUCCCUGCAAACGAGGUUGGUUUGAUCAGAUCUGCAAAUAAGUUCUACCUGGAGUUCUUGCUUUCUCGGGAGAGCCAUCCCCCCACAAUACAUAUCAAGGUUCAGAUAUCUCUGCGAGGAUGAAUGCGUUUUCACAUGUUCCUCCAGGCUUUCGCUUCCACCCCACAGAUGAAGAACUGGUUGAUUAUUACCUAAGAAAAAAGAUAGCCUCCAAAAGGAUUGACCUCGAUGUUAUUAAAGACGUGGAUCUCUAUAAAAUUGAGCCGUGGGAUCUUCAAGAACUAUGUAAAAUAGGAGCGGAAGAACAAAAUGAGUGGUAUUUCUUCAGCCAUAAAGAUAAGAAGUACCCAACUGGAACUCGAACGAAUAGAGCCACAAAAGCUGGAUUCUGGAAAGCCACAGGAAGAGACAAGGCAAUCUACCGCAGGCAUUGCCUCAUUGGGAUGAGAAAGACUCUUGUUUAUUACAAGGGACGAGCCCCAAACGGACAGAAGUCUGACUGGAUCAUGCAUGAGUACCGACUUGAAACUAAUGAAAAUGGGACUACUCAGGAAGAAGGUUGGGUUGUAUGUCGAGUGUUCAAGAAGAAAAUGACAAGCGUGCGGAGAGUGGGGGAGUAUGAGUCACCAUGCUGGUUUGAGGACCAGGUCUCCUUGAUGCAAGAGCUUGAAUCUGCAAGACCAAUUUCUCAACCUUAUGCAUCUAAUUACCACCACCAUCAGUACUACGUACCUUGCAAGCAAGAACUUCAAUUGCAAUAUAACGUAACCCAUCCCCAUGAAGUUUUCCUUCAGCUUCCCCAACUUGAAAGCCCCAGAGUUCCUUACUCAGCCGCUAGUCUGAGUUGCAAUUCAACGUUCCCCUAUGCCUAUGACAGCAACAAUAAUGGAAGUAGCUUGCAGUCACCCAAUUCACUCACUCAGGAAGAGCACACGCCUUGUGGAACCAAUGAUCAAGUGACUGAUUGGCGAGUUCUUGAUAAAUUUGUGGCUUCUCAACUCAGCAGUCACCAGCAAGAUGCUUCCAAGGAAGCCAGCUAUUCCAACAAUGCAGCAGUGCUCCGUGUGGAUGGACCUAUCACUAUCCAGGCAAACGAUCAACCUAAAAGGCCAGAAAUUGCGCAGCAGGAAUAUGCCUCCACAUCCAACUCCAGUUGCCAGAUUGACCUGUGGAACUGAAAAUUUAGAUAUUUUUAGAUGAUGCAUACUAAUUAUAGAGAAUAUUGCAGUUUAACGUUGGAUAAGAAAAGAAAACUAAAGCAAUGCUCCCACUUGGUGUACAUAAUAAUACUUCAUACGUCGUGUAUCCUAAGUGUUUCUACGUCUGUCUGGUAUGCCCAAGGUAUGCAUGAAUACGAGGCAGUCAGAUACACCAAAUACGCCAAUAUAUUGUAUGGCCAAGGGCAUGGUGGAACUGGUCUCUGAAUCUUAAAAGUGAUUUACCUAUUGCAGAUUUUAUGUAAGGUUAUUUGAAA